AUGAAUUCAGUUCAGGGUAUAAAGAGUAAAGUGAAACGAGUGAAACUGUGGUCGACUGUUCAACCUCGCAUCGCAAUCAACACAAACAUUAUCAUCUGUUCAUUGAGUCGCUACCCAAAUUUUUCAUCCACUGAAAAGAGCCAAUGUCAUGUGACAAUUUCUAUCUUUCUCAUUGGUUUGCUGAAAAGUUACAAUCGAAGGGUUGCUGCUUAUAAAUUACUUCUCUCUUUCCUUUCUACUCUUCAUUUUCUUUCUUUCUUUCUUUCUUUCUAUCUUUCUUUCUUUCUUUCUUUCUUUAUUUCUUUAUUUAUUUUUUUAGCUUUUCCAUCAUUGUAUUUUUUCUUUCUUCCUUUUAUUGCUUCGAGAAACCUUUUUAUUUUUCAUCUUUAUCUUUUUUUUGCUUUUCCAUCUUUCUUUCUUUCUUUCUUUCUUUCUUUCUUUCUUUCUUUCUUUCUUUCUUUCUUUCUUUGUAUUGCUUCUCUAUCUUUCUUUCUUUCUUUUUUCUUUCUUUCCUUCUUUCUUACUGUUGCUUCUCAAUCUUUUUUUCUCUUUUUCUUUCUUUUUUCUUUCUUUCUUUCUUUCUUUCUUUCUUUCUUUCUUUCUUUCUUUCUUUAUGUCUACCUUUCUUUUUUCUGUUUGUCUUUCCUUUUCUUGCCGUUUUUUUACUUCUUCCCCACCUCUAUGUUUUAA